CAUGACGUGUCAAAACCUGUUUUUAUACAGUCUAUUGUCAGAACACCCUCGAGUUUAAAUAAUAUGCAGCUUUAAGCAGCAUAUUUAAGGAUGUUUGUCUACAAUAGUUGAAUAUUAUGUAAACGAACGGCGGUAUUAAUAUCUUUCCAAGACUGUCACCUCUCUAGAACAGAAGGAGAAAGCAAAUAUACUUAGGAAUGUUGCGAUGUCAACCGACCAGGAAGCACAAGAAGAUGAGCUGCUUGCUCUAGCGAGCAUCUAUGAUGAAAAAGAGUUCCGCAGGGCCGAGUCAGCGAAGGAGGGCGAGAUCCAUCUGUGUCUGGAGCUUCCUCCGAACUUCACACUGCUAGUCAAGGGACACAACUCCACAGAGCAUCAUCUAUCAUAUCUAGGUCCACUGGUUCUGAGUUUUGGAUUCCCGGCUAAUUAUCCUUCAGCUUCGGCUCCAGUUUUUGCUCUAGGCUCCAAUUGGCUCACAAGAGUCCAGAUAACUGCGCUUUGCAGGAGACUGGAUGAGCUUUGGGAGGAGAACCAAGGCAAUGUGAUUCUUUUUACCUGGAUGCAGUUCCUCAAGGAAGAGACUCUGGACUUCCUGGGAAUCCAGUCACCGCUGGAAAUCCAGAGCAUUGAGAGUGAAUCUGGCUUAAAACAAGCAGCGGACGUUUCCGGAGAAAAAUGUCAAGUGCAAGAUUUAGACCCAAGAGCUGUGCAAGAAGUUGAUGCUCGCACAGAUAUACUGAGUCAGCUGCUAGAUUUUGACGAAGCUCAGAAUCAGAAGGUGUUUGAUGGGAAGGUGUUCUGCUGCGGCAUCUGUUACUCAGAGAAGCUCGGAUCGGAAUCACUGCUCUUCAAAGAGUGUCAGCAUGUGUACUGCAAGUCCUGCAUGAAGGAAUACUUUCAGAUCCAGAUUAGGGACGGAAAGGUCCAGUGCCUUACCUGCCCUGAGCCAAAGUGUGUGUCCAUGGCCACUCCUUCACAGGUGAAACUUCUUGUGAGCAAAGAUGAGUUUGCACGCUAUGAUCGUCUCCUGUUGCAGUCGAGUCUGGACCUGAUGAAGGAUGUGGUGUAUUGUCCUCGUAAAAGCUGCUGUAUGGCGGUGAUGGUGGAGCCAGACUCAAACAUGGGCAUCUGUCCCGCCUGCAAAUAUCCCUUCUGUACACUCUGUAAGCGGAGCUAUCACGGCCUCAAUCACUGCAUACCGACUGAUGAUGAUAUCCGUAGUUUGCAUGAUGAGUAUAAUUCUGCGAGCAAAGAGAGGAGGAAGUUCCUUGAGAAGCGUUUUGGCAAGCAGGUCAUUCAGAGGGUGUUGGAAUCUUACAGCACAGACUGGCUAAAUGUUAACAGUAAACAGUGCCCUUGCUGUGGCGCUAACAUACAGAAGAAUAAGGGCUGUAAUAAGAUGACCUGUUCGAUGUGUCAGGGCUAUUUCUGCUGGAUCUGUCUGAAAGCUCUUGGCAAGGAGGACCCUUACAGCCACUACAAGGACCCCAACUCGCCCUGCUACAACCAAAUGGAACGUAUAAAUGGAAAUAGAUGAAGAAUAAGGCCUUGGGAGUGACGAAGAUAACUGAUCCACUAUAAAGCAAUGCUUAAAGGAUGUUUUCAUGCACAUCAGUGGACUAUAGAUCCAGACGAGAGAUGCAAGCGUCUCACAUAGAACUAGCCCUUUUUUGCAUUUCAUUUGCACAAUAUACAAAUCCAGUUCACAAUGUUUCUGUUGUGCAUACUAUCUUCCCAUCAAAUUGUUUUAUUAAGUACUCACUAAGUACAGCCGUGCAGAAAAUGUGCAUGCAAAACUAGAAAAGAUGAACAAGCUUGCAUUCAGCGGAUGGAAAUAUUGUCUUUACACUGAUUUUGUGAGAAGAAAAGAUGAUCUGAACACUGACAGAAAUUGUAUGCAUUUUUUUAGAGAAUUAAAUAUUUACUUAUGAACCUAAAUUAUUUAUUUUGAUAAAGUACGUUGUUGAAUAUAAUAGUAUGUGGGUAUAAAAGAUAAAUUAUUAGCUUCACAAUCAAUGAGAUUCAUAAAACAUUUUUACUUAAAUGUUACUAUUAAUAAGUGUGUAAUAACUACUGACUGCGAUCCAUGUGGAUUUUUGGUCGAUUAAUGAGGCAGAAAUAUAUUGUUAGUAAGAUUUUAGAGGAUUCUUAUGUGUGGGGUGAAAGAAAAAGUAACUAGUAGUAAAGUCAUAAUAUUAGUUUUGAAAUUAGAUGAACUAGUAAUGAGUAAUAUAUUACUUCUUAGUAACUAUAGCCCAACACUGGUGGACAGACUAUCAUCAAGACUGUUUGUUUCUGAAUAAAUCAUCUCUCCACUGAUGUCGUGAUUGUUAGGAGGACAAUAUUUGUGUGAGAUACAACUAUUUCAAAAUCUGGGGGAGCAAAAAAAAUUGAAAUAUUGAGAAAAUCAUCUUUAAAGUUAGCACUCUUCAGAGAUACUAAAUAUGAUCAUAUUUUGUAAUUAUUAUUUAAAUCUGACUACUUUUCAGGAAAAUGUGAUGGGGUUUCAAAUCAAAAUAUGAUCUGUUAUGAAACAGGGCAUCAGUUUUAUACUCCAGGACUCAAAGCAUGUUUAUUACACAUUGUGGGAGACACAACAAAUUAAUAGAGAAUAUAUUUCUAUUAAAUAUUAAACAUUGUUAAUAAAAUCUUGCAAAUUAUUA